AUGGGCUGUUGUGAAUCGAAGAACCUGAAAUACAACAUUGGGGAUGGUGAUAAAAACAGUGAUAUUGCAAUUACUGAUAUAGUAGCCUACGGGAAAACGUUUGACACUGAGGAGAAGAAAACCAAAACCUUGUCUGACGAUAUCAACGGGAAUGUGACGGAAAAUAUGGACAAAAAUGUCACAGAAGACGUAGAAAAAACACGAGAUGAAACAGAAUUCAGUGAUGUGGAUUUAAAUGACCAAGAAACUGACCAUUUUGAGUCGGCGAAAUUAGAAAUAAGUGAUGUAGAUGGGAAGGAUACGGAAGCUGAAUCACCAGUAUCCCUACCACCUCCGAGGCCUCCUCAGAAACUUCGGAAAGAUCUCGUACCGGAUGUCAAAGCCUUUGCCAGGAUAGACAACAUGGCCGACCAGGUACCACAAAUGGAACACGAGACGGUGGAAGCCCUCGCCAAACAUCUCACGGAUGAUUAA